CUGCUACAAGAUUCAGAAUCAAACUAAAAGGAACUGUUACAAGAUUCAGAAUCUUUACUAACCACACUUUCACAUUCACUAAUCUCCAAUAUCCUAUGCAUCGUGAAGGGUAACGCGCCGGCGAUUUUUCUCCCUCGGCGUCAACGUCGUGACGCAAUCAAAUUACUAUUAGGUUUUUGUCUCUUUCUUCUAUGCAUAAAUAAAUAUCCAUAAACUGAAACAGAACUCGAACCAAUGGCUUCUGCAAUCACUCACCGCGAUGAAGAAACGCCACUGGUUAUCACCGAUGAACCAUCGCUUCAACUUCAACCACACAAAAGCCACACUAGAGAUGUUCAUAUUCUGAGCUUAGCGUUUUUAUUGAUCUUUCUUGCUUAUGCAGCCGCUCAAAAUUUACAGAGUACUCUCAAUACUGAGGAGGAUUUGGGUACGACUUCACUUGGGAUAUUAUAUUUGUCGUUUACGUUUUUUUCUGUGUUUGCUUCUCUGGUGGUGCGGAUUCUCGGGUCUAAGAAUGCUUUGAUUAUUGGAACUUCUGGUUAUUGGCUUUACGUCGCGGCGAAUUUGAAGCCCAAUUGGUAUACACUGGUUCCGACUUCCUUGUAUCUUGGGUUUUGUGCUUCUAUAUUAUGGGUUGGACAGGGAACAUAUCUAACUUCCACUGCUCGCAGUCAUGCUAUAAAUAACAAUCUACAUGAAGGUGCAGUGAUUGGAGACUUCAACGGGGAAUUCUGGGGUGUGUAUGCACUUAAUCAGUUUAUUGGAAAUCUUAUUACAUUUGCUCUACUCAGUGAUGGGCAGGAGGGAAGUACCAAAGGCACAACUUUAUUGUUUGUUGUAUUCCUUUUUGUUACGACCUUUGGUGCAAUACUAAUGUGCUUCCUGCAUAAACGGAGUGGUAAUAGUAAGGAAGGAUACAAGCAUUCAGAAGCUGAUGCUGGUGAAUCAAAGUCCCUUAAGUCUCUAUGUAGAUCACUCACAAGUGUAUUGUCUGAUGUGAAGAUGUUGUUGAUCAUACCCCUUAUAGCAUAUUCAGGUCUACAGCAUGCAUUUGUAUGGGCUGAAUUUACCAAGUAUGUUGUUACUCCAGCAAUUGGUGUUUCCGGUGUUGGUAUUGCAAUGGCAGCAUAUGGAGCUUUUGAUGGAAUAUGUUCUCUGGUCGCUGGUCGUCUCACCUCUGGUCUCACAUCCAUUACAUCAAUAGUUUCUUUUGGAGCUUUUGCUCAGGCGGUUGUACUAAUAUUACUUCUGCUAAAUUUCAGCAUAUCUAGCGGAUUUCUCGGUACUUUAUACAUACUCUUUUUGGCUGCUUUAUUGGGCAUCGGCAAUGGAGUUCUAAUGACGCAGCUCAAUGCUUUGCUAGGAAUGCUAUUUAAGCAUGACAUGGAAGGGGCUUUUGCACAGCUAAAGAUAUGGCAAAGCGCUAUAAUUGCUAUCGUUUUCUUUGCGGCCCCAUACAUUUCAUUCCAAUCAUUUACCAUAAUCAUGUUGGUUGUACUAUGCUUGUCAUUCUGCAGUUUUCUAUGGUUGGCUCUCAAGGUGGGGAAUGCAUCAUCACCCUCCACCACUGAGUGAAUAUAAUAUUACUCUUAAAUGUCAUCUUUAUUUUAUGGUGGCAUUGCCUUCCAUUGAUUCAAUUGUAUAAAUUGUAACUGUUAUAGUAUUUGCUUUACUCUCUAAAGUGAGUUACUUUAUUUAAAGUAGCUGAAUCCAAUACUUUUGAGAUCAUUAAUUCAGUCUUCCAAUAUUUACCAAUGAUUUCUUCUUAAUGUAUAAUACUGAAUUAAAAAAAGUUAUGAUAUAUGAGAAAGCUGUCAAUAUGCACCAAAAGUAAAAGGAACAUCAUUAGAGUAGUGAGUCAUCCAAGGAAAAGAAUUGAACGAACAAAAGAAGUCUCUGCAUCCAAAUAUUAAAGGAUAAUUCCUAUCACUCCAGAAUCUUGAUUCAAAG